AUGAGCAGAGGAGGCCGAGGAGGAGGAUUUGGUGGCCGUGGCGGAGGCCGCGGUGGUGGUAGGGGCGGGUUCCAGCAGAGGGAUAAUGGCCCUCCGGACACAGUUUUCGAGAUGGGCACAUUCAUGCACGCAGUGGAAGACGAAAUGCUCUGCCAGUCACUCAUGCCCGACAAGGUUCCCUACUUCAAUGCCCCCAUCUACCUACAAAACAAAAUCGUCAUCGGACGCGUCGACGAGAUCCUCGGGCCCAUCAACGAGGUCUACUUUUCCGUGAAGAUGGGCGAGGGCAUGGUUGCGAGCAGCUUCAAGAAGGGCGACAAGGUGUACAUCGGGGGUGACAAACUUUUGCCGAUUGAGAGGUUCUUGCCGAAACCCAAGAUCGCCGGUGUCAAAAAGCCCCGAGGGGCAGGCGGACGAGGGGGCGCUGGCGGGCGAGGUCGCGGUGGACCUGGUGGGCGCGGUGCCCCAAGGGGAGGCCGUGGCUUUGGUGGUGGGUUCGGUGGUGGACGCGGCGCACCAAGAGGCAGGGGCACAUUCGGUGGUGGGAGGGGCGCACCAAGAGGGCGCGGGGGAGGAGGACGCGGCUUCGGUCGGGGUCGUGGCUCAUAA